ACAGUCCCAACGGAACAGACGUGGAACAUUCUGCUCCGGAUAGCAAUAGCAUCGCAAGCAAAAGAAAGAAAAAAGCUGGCUGUUGUAGCCAACGAUUUUGUGUUUGUGGAAACGCGGAAUGCAAAACAAUUAAAGCUAAACACGAUCCCAGGCAGAUCAGCCUCAUCGGCAGUGCAUCUGGCGUAGCACGACAAUCUCCGUCAGAGACGGAGUUAAUUACCCAGAGCCAAGAACCCAUUCGAGACCAUCUCCGUACAUACACAUAUCCAUUCCGUAGGGGCGGAGGGCCACUGGACCCAGUGGAACUGCGGGCGUUUCGAUUUUUGGUUUCGCCCUGCACGCUCGCGUUCAUAACUAUUAAUUGACCCCGCCGGUCAAUGAGUUUGGUGUAUAGGCGAUAGUUCGCAGUGAUGACAAUGACGGAGACGCGCGAAGAUGUUCCUGCCGCGGAUGGGGAUGAGGCCACGCCGGCGGCCCAGAAGAAGAAGAAGACCAAGGAGAAGGCCCAGCCCAUGGUUAGCUACACAGAGCUCUUUCGAUAUAUCGCUGGAUGGGAUUAUCUCCUGCUCCUGUCGGGUUUCGUAGCAGCAUUCCUCCAAUCCCUCGUCUUUCCCAUUGCCAUUGUGGUGUACAGCGAACUGGUGGCCAUGUUCAUCGAAAGAACUCUGGGUCAGGGAACCAGUUCGGUCACCAUCGGAUUGUCCCUCUUCGGGGGCGGAAAGAUACUCACAAAUGCCUCUUACGAGGAGAAUAUGCAUGAGCUGCGAAAGGACAGCGUAUCCUUCGGGAUACUUAUGACCCUGAAUACUCUACUAAUGCUCUUCUCCGGAGUCUACUAUGUGGAUGCCUUCAAUCGAUUGGCUCUGAAACUCACAGUCCGCAUGCGAAGGGAAUUCUUCAAGGCCACUUUGAGACAGGAGAUCGGAUGGCAUGACAUGGCCAAGGAUCAAAACUUUGCCGUUCGCAUUACUGACAACAUGGAGAAAAUACGCAGUGGCAUAGCUGAAAACUUAGGUCACUAUGUGGAGAUCAUGUGUGAUGUCAUUAUCAGUGUAGUUCUCUCCUUUAUCUACGGAUGGAAAUUAGCUCUGGCAAUAGUGUUUUAUAUACCCCUAACACUGGUAGUCAACUCAGCAGUGGCCCAUUACCAAGGUAAACUGACUGGCCAGGAGCAAAGUUCCUAUGUGCGAGCCAGUUCUGUGGUUGAAGAAGUAAUUGGAGCCAUCAGGACUGUGGUGGCAUUUGGUGGAGAACGAAGCGAGUCCUUGCGCUAUGAUAGUCUACUAAAGCCUGCUCUCAAGGCGGGAAAAUGGAAAGGAGCCUUCUCCGGACUGAGUGACACGGUGAUGAAAGCCAUGUUGUUUAUCACAGGAGCGGGAUCUUUCUGGUACGGAGCUAACUUGAUCCUCUACUACCGCGAUCCCAGCAUACCCAUUGACGAGAGGGAAUACACACCGGCGGUGGUGAUGAUUGUGAUAUCGGGUAUAAUCGUGAGUGCCAAUCAAAUAUCCCGAACCUCACCGUUUUUGGAGACAUUCGCCAUGGCACGAGGAUCGGCUUCGGCCAUACUGGAUGUGAUAGAUCGCACAUCCUUGAUUGAUCCACUCUCCAAGGCUGGGAAAAUCCUGAACUAUGGCCUAAAAGGUGCCGUCGAGUUCCGAGAUGUAUUCUUCCGCUAUCCUGCCAGAGAAGAUGUCAUUGUUCUGCGAGGUCUGAAUGUAAUCGUCGAGGAAGGUCAAACUGUGGCCCUGGUGGGUCCGUCAGGAUGUGGCAAGUCCACGUGCAUACAGCUGUUGCAACGCUUCUAUGAUCCCGUUUUUGGCCAAGUUCUAUUGGAUGGUGAGGAUGUGCGGAAGUACAACAUCAAUUGGCUCCGUUCGAACAUUGCCGUAGUGGGUCAGGAACCAGUUCUGUUUCAAGGAACAAUAGGGGAAAAUAUCCGGCAUGGAAAGCCAGAGGCCACACAAAAGGAAGUCGAAGACGCCGCCAAAGCCGCCAAUGCUCAUGAUUUUAUCAUAGCUUUACAUAAGGGUUAUGAUACGGACAUCAGCGAGAAGGGCGUUCAGCUUUCUGGUGGUCAGCGACAGCGUAUUGCCAUCGCCAGAGCUCUGAUUCAGCAGCCUAAAAUCCUGCUUUUGGAUGAGGCCACCUCCGCCUUGGAUUACCAUUCCGAGAAGUUGGUACAGGCGGCGCUGGACAAGGCCUGCAAGGGUAGAACCACCUUGGUGGUGUCCCAUCGACUUUCGGCCAUCAGGCACGCCCAUCGGAUUGUUUAUAUUGAAAAUGGCAAAGCUGUAGAACAGGGCACCCAUGAGGAGUUGAUGAAGCUGGAGGGAUUCUAUCACAAAAUGGUCACCGUGCAUUCCUAUGAUGAUACCGCCGAGGAGCUGCUAAAUGAACUUGAAGAAGUGGCCGAGAUCAAGGAGAGAAAAAUGUCCUAUGAAGUUGAACCUUAUCAACUGGGCACACGAAACUCCAUUGUGUCGCUGGAGAAGAAUGCGGAGUUUCAGAUGAAGAACUUAAAUGGUCUGGCCAAUAUAACCUUGAAUCAGGAAAUUGAUGAUCCGGUAGUUCCAUCCGCAAAUUUUAUCAGCACCUUCUUUCGCAUUUUGGGUUGGGCUCGACCCGAGUGGAGUUUCCUCAUCAUUGGCGCCAUUUGUGCUGGACUUUAUGGAGUCACCAUGCCUGUGUUUUCCGUAGUUCUAGCGGAACUGUAUGGAUCAUUGGCCAAACCAACGGACGAGGAAGUACUCGAGCAAAGUGCGUCCAUGGCCAUCAUCUCCCUGGUGAUUGGAAUUGCAGCUGGCAUAGUCUGUUACAUCCAGACAUUUUUCUUUAAUCUGGCUGGAGUCUGGCUUACUACGCGAAUGCGCUCCAAGACAUUUAGAUGUAUCAUGAACCAGGAGAUGGGAUGGUUCGAUCGCAAGGAGAACAGCAUUGGAGCCCUUUCUGCCCGACUAUCCGGCGAUGCGGCCAGUGUUCAAGGAGCCAUUGGUUUUCCGCUGAGCAACAUCAUCCAGGCGUUCACCAACUUCAUCUGCAGUAUUGCGAUUGCCUUUCCCUACUCCUGGGAAUUGGCCUUAAUAUGCCUGAGCACCUCACCCUUUAUGAUUGCAUCCAUUGUGUUCGAGGCGCGAUUUGGAGAGAAAUCGGCGUUGAAGGAGAAGGAGGUGCUGGAGGAAACCAGUCGCAUUGCCACCGAAACUAUUACCCAAAUUCGGACAGUAGCUGGACUUCGACGAGAGGAGGAGCUGAUAAAGAUAUAUGACAAGGAGGUGGAGCGAUAUCGGCAGCAGAUCCUCAGUCGACUGAAAUGGCGAGGACUGGUCAAUUCCCUAGGCAAAUCCCUUAUGUUCUUUGGCUACGCAGUGACCUUGACAUAUGGUGGACACAUGUGUGCUGAUGGCAAAAUCAAAUUUGAGACGAUUAUGAAAAUAUCCAACACGAUGCUGUAUGGUCUAUUCAUUCUGGCCCAAUCUCUGGCCUUCACUCCCGCCUUCAAUGCUGCUCUCCUUUCCGCAAAUCGGAUGUAUGAGAUCAUUGAUCGCAAGCCACAGAUCCAAUCACCAGAAUCCUUCGAGAUCCAACAGAAUGGCAAUGGAACGGCUUACAAGACGAAUGUCGUACAGCAAGGAGUCAGCUAUCGUGGUAUCAACUUUUCCUAUCCCUCCAGGCCCCAUAUUAAAGUCCUGCAGAACUUCAAUCUGGAUAUUAAUCAGGGUCAGACGGUUGCCCUGGUGGGUGCUUCGGGAUCGGGAAAAUCCACAUGCGUGCAGCUAUUGAUGCGGUACUAUGAUCCCGAUGAGGGCAAGAUACUCAUAGAUCAAGAGAGCAUCCACCACGACAUGGACCUUAAAACUCUGCGUCGUCGCCUGGGCAUUGUGUCCCAGGAACCUUCACUUUUCGAGAAGUCCAUCGCCGAUAAUAUUGGCUAUGGAGACACCUCGCGACAGGUGCCCAUGCAGCAAAUAAUUGAGGCGGCCAAAAUGGCCAAUGCCCAUGAGUUCAUUAUGUCCCUGCCCGCUCAGUAUGACACGGUUUUGGGUUCCAAGGGCACGCAACUAUCCGGUGGGCAAAAGCAAAGAAUUGCAAUUGCUCGAGCUAUGGUAAGGAAUCCCAAGAUCCUUUUGCUGGAUGAAGCCACAUCUGCGCUGGACUUCCAAAGUGAAAGGGUGGUUCAACAAGCUUUGGAUUCGGCAUGUUCAGGACGAACAUGUAUUGUAAUCGCUCAUCGCCUGUCCACCAUCCAAAAUGCCAAUGUGAUUUGUGUAAUUCAAGCCGGAAAGAUAGUGGAGCAGGGAACUCACUCGCAACUUCUGGCCAAGAAUGGGAUUUAUUCCAAGCUCUAUCGCUGUCAGACGAAAGCCUCUUGAAAAGACUACGGAAAGACCAAAAGAAAUCAUUAAAAUUAAGUUAGAAAACAUUUUUCUAGAACCACAAUGAGGCACGAAAGUAUGCAAUGAAUUUUUCUUAGCUGUUAGUUGGGACAACAACCAAUCUAAUUUGGCCAUAAGCAAAAUAGUUGUUAAAUAAAUGAACAUAAAGAUAAAGAAUUA